AUGGACAGAAAACGUGAGAAAUACGCAGUGAAUAUUGAAUACUCUGGAAAGCAGCCGCCAUUUCUGAGCCCAAGAAACUAUGAGGUUCAAAGUUCAGCAUGUGGGUCUCUAACAUCAACUGAUGUAAUUGGUGAUGUUGGUACCAACUUAACUACUGUCUGCACCAACACAGGGACCUUUGGACACUCAGAAGUUCCUGACAGAGAAUUACAACAUUGUCAGGAGGCACGCAGUUUCUUCAGCAACUGGUCUCUGUGGAAAAUUUUUCUGACUUGUCUCUUAGCCUCUGUGAUAACAACAGCAAUUGGAGUACUUGUAGUGUGUCUGGUAUAUAAUUGGAAAAAUAAUAAUGCAACUGUUGUUAUCCAACUUCCCCAAAACCAUGGGACAACCUCAUCUACAAUUGAAACUAGUUCCAAACCUACAGUUCCUACUACCAUAAUAGAUUCUACCACACCAUCUACUGUAAAUACUAUCACAACAACCACUGGUAGCACUUCAACAGAACCUACCAGUACAACCACCACUGCUUCGACUGAAACGACAAUAGCAAAAAGCACCACUUUAUCUGAAACAACUACAACAAUGACUGCAGCGGUUACCACUGAGGCUACAAACACAUCUGCCAACAAUACUGCUUAAACC